AUGAAGCUGCCGGGCUCCCCACGCGGUGCCUGCCCGGCCCGCUCCGGGGCUGGGCGCGGCUCCGGCUGGGUUUGCAUUUGCUGCCCUCGCCCCAAGCCGGGCGCGGCGAUGGCUCGGGGCCCCGGCUGGCUGGCGGCGGCGGCGGCUGCGCUGCUGCUCCUGGCGCCCGGCUCGGAGGCCGGCUGCGCCGAGCUGGGGCGCUGCUGCCGGGGCAGAGACCUGGCUUGUGUCAGCAGCGGCUGGAGACCGGACCGAUCCCACGGCGUCUGCUACUGCGACCAGGCGUGUCCCCGCACUAUGGACUGCUGCCACGACUACCCGCAGGCCUGCCCAGAGGUCUCCUGUGCUGUAUCCGAGUGGAGUGACUGGAGUGGCUGUGCAGAGCCUUGCCAGGCAACAUAUCGAGUUCGGAGGAGACACGUCGUGCAGGAGCCUAGAAAUGGAGGCGAGGCGUGUCCUCCUCUGGAGGAGAAGGCUGGCUGUGUGGAGUAUUGGAACCAGGAAGGAGCUGAGUGCAAACAGUCCCUUAUUCCAGCAUUAAUAACCACAGGAGGUUAUGGGAAAGCAAGGAAAAAGAGAGCUGCGUCCAGCAAAAAUGAAAGAUCAGGGUAUUGUGUCGAAUUCCAGAUCACAGCCAUCACUGAAGGCUGUUUGCAGGGGAGCAGUUCCUAUACUCAGUGGAUGCGAUAUCUCAGCGAGGGGCACACAGUCUGCGUGGAGUGCCAGUACCCGGCCCUGGAUUCCAGGAGUCUGCAUUGCUACGGGGAUGGCAGUGGAAGCAAAAAGAAUCAGUUGCUGCACUGGCAGGCCAUGGGGAAUCCCCGGUGCAGAGGAACCUGGAGGAGAGUUCGCCAGCUGGACGCUUGCUCCUGUCCUUCCGUACACAGUUUCUUGUUCAUCUAA